CUCAUCCUGUACUUCAGUUGCUAAGCUGCAGUUCUGCUAACUGUCCAUUGGUGGCAGUAAUAAUAUUUUAUUGAAGACAGAAACCCACCUGCAAACCAACUUAGAGGAAGAAGAAGAACCAUAGCAACAGUAAACAAAGAUGGGUGUCUCAGUUUGUACAGUUUGGUCUAAUUUGACCAUCUUCUGUUUAUUUAUCAAAGUUAUUUUGGUUACUUCCGCUAUGAGUGCAACGAGCAACAGCACCGCGUCCUGGAAAGAGAAUUCUACAAACAUAUACAAUCAGGAUAACUGCACUCCCACAGAGCCGUCAGUAAACCUCACGAAGCUUCUUCCUGAGGCYCCUCAGCCUCUGCCUGACUCCGGUAGCCUCCCCCUCUCGGUGGUCGGUGCUGACAGGUUGUGUCCCUGUGACGAGAACACGGCUGUGUGUGACAUGAACUGCUGCUGUGACCGGGAGUGUAACAUGGAUGACGUGGCUCUGUUCACCAGCUGCACGUUCACUGCCGUGAGAAGUGGCAGCAAGCAGCUGUGCAGCCAGGAUGUAGCCGGCUACAGUUUAACGACCGGUGUAUAUGGCUACUUAGAGCUGCAAUCGUCUGUUCAGAGAGAGAUCAACUACAACAUUUUCUGUGUCUGGUCCCAGAACCGUUUCGAUGGAUUGUCUCAUCCCUCACCGUCUCUUCCAACUGCUGGCAACUUUGAUUCCCUCUUCAGUCAGUUUGUCAAUUUUAUAUUUGACUCUGAGGGUGUCGAUGAGGGGCUGCCUGCAGAAGUCCAGGCCUUAUCUGGAUACCAGUUCGGGGAUGUUUUGGCUACGGCAGAACCAAGCGGACAGAAAGGGAUUUUCUAUCUUCCAGCUCCUGGUGUCACUGCUGACUGUGUGAACAGCAGCCCUGCAGUGUUCCUUAAGGACCAAACCAGUCGAUGUUCCCAGCGUUUGGCUCUGGAUGGGGACUGUAGCUCCCUGCAGGCACUCAGGAUGGACACCUACACUAACGUCCAGCUGUUAGCUGGGAGGAACGCAGACGCAGCAGUAAGUGUUGUUCAUGUGGAUGUGGCUUCAGUCAUAUUACAGUCCAUAAAGGGUGCUCAAACUGAGCUGACUGUCAGCAAUGGAGAAAACCUCCUUCCUGUUCUCACCACCUCCAGCGGCUGUGCUAACAUGGUGCUGAAGGCUGUUUAUGUGAUUAAGUAUAACUCAAGUGGUGAACUAGUAAAUGCCAGAGUGUCUCUGGUGCUUGGAUUUGUCAACACCAGCAGGACUCACAACUCACUGCAGCAGGAGUUUCAGGUUAUAUUCCAGGCAGAUGGCGGGGAGCCUGCAGUCUAUUACAGUGGAAACCCGGGUUAUGUGGUUGGAAUGCCUCUCAUGUCAGGAGACAGAGCAACAGAAUAUCCUUCUUUUGGGUUUCUAAGCCACGAUGUAUCCUUAUCUAUCCCCUCCACUGGCAUCAGUAGAAGUAUCAACCUCAGAGAUACUCUGUCUCUGCUGCAGAGUACCGAAGACCAGGACUGUUUGCAGGGUCCUCACCAGCGGUCUCCUGUCCUGUUUGGUCAGGACUACAUGUCAGGCUGCACACUAAGCCUGGAGGAUAUAACCAACUGCUCCCUUGUCUCCCAGUCGCUCUUGAAUGUUCUGAGAGGACCAAGUCCCCCACAAUAUGUGGCUUCCUUUGGAAACACCCCGUUAGAAAAUAUCCUGGACUGGGUACCAGUCAAGAGCAACAUCAAUCCCACGGAAGCGCAAAGUUGCAAAAUCCCACUGUCACUUCAUUUAGAAAUAGAAUGGACCAAGUACGGAUCCCUGGUGAACCCCCAGGCUCAGAUUGUGACCAUAAGAGAAAUGAUUGAAACCAACCAGAGCAGUUUGGCUCGACUGUCUGGUGGCAGCAGCAUCGUACCAGUCAGAAGCUCAGUGGCCUUCAUCCCUGUAUCUGCAGCAGCUGUUCCUGGUUACCGAGCCGCACCCAGCAUUAAUGCCAAACUACCCUUUGACUUUUUCUUUCCUUUUGUCUGAACCAUCCAGUAUGAAUGUGACACUUCUCUCUACAAAAACUGGCAGUCAUUGUGUAAAUACUGUAUAUAAAGAUUUCUGUGUGACAAUUUUGAAAUAAAGUAUUUUAUUUUUACAA